AUGGAUUACGUUGGUGGAGGUAUUCGUGAUGAUUAUGUUGCUGGAGAAGGAACACACUUUAAAAUUCCGUUCAUUCAGAAACCCAUCUUCUUUGAUACACGAAUUCGUCCAAGAGAAAUUUCAACCAAGACCGGAACAAAAGAUUUACAAACAGUGAAUAUUACAUUGAGAGUUUUGCAUCGUCCUAUUGUUGAGAAACUCCCAUUGAUUUAUAAAGAAUUGGGAGGCGAUUAUGAUGAGCGUAUUCUUCCGUCAGUGGGUAAUGAAGUAAUGAAGGCCGUAAUUGCUAGAUACAAGGCCGAAGAAAUUAUUCAACGAAGAGAACAAAUUUCAAAGGAAAUUCAAAAGAUGGUCCGAGAUAGAGCCUUACAAAAAUUCCAUAUUGAUUUGGUGGAUGUUUCCAUUACUGAUUUAAGUUUCAGUAAGGAAUUUACAAGGGCUGUUGAAAUGAAACAAGUUGCUGAACAAGAGGCUGAAAGACAGGCCUUUAUUGUCGAAAAAUCGAGAUAUGAAAAGGAUGCUGCAAUUAUUUUGGCCUCAGGUGAAGCUAAGGCAGCCGAAAUGAUUUCUGAAGCCAUGCAAAAAUCUGGAUCUGGUCUCAUUGAGCUGAGAAAAAUUGAAGCCAGUAAGGAAAUUGCAAACACUCUUGCUAACUCGAAGAACAUUACAUAUCUUCCAAAAGAUACUCCUUAUUUGAUCACAAAAUAA